AUGAUAGCUUUCGACUUGAAUGCAAAGGAAACCCAUUAUCUCAAAAGAGAACUAGUGACACAGGAGAUUCAUAUUGAAUUGGAUAAACUGACACAGAGUGCAAGUUUCAAGACACUUUUGGACCAAGAUACAGACCUGAACGACUCCGAUUUGCCGUUCUUGCGCUACAUCUUUAAAAACUUUGUUCUGGAGUUUCCAUUUUUGAAGAAGGAGCAAGAUGACAAGUUCUGGGGCAAAUGCGAGACUUUCCUAACUGAAUUCCAGAAGAAAAGGAUUGGUUCCUCCGACAAGAAUGAGGUAUCGCAGAGAAAGAAAAUGGAAUACAAGGUGGAAAAGAUGAUUGUCAUUUUGCUGGGAGCUGCUAUCCAGACUGUGCAAGGAAAGGAAGAAGGUAUUAAAGUCGAUGCUCAGAUGCUGAACCAAAGCAAGACCGCUGAAAACCAAGCGUCUGUCAACAAACUUAGCCGGGACUUGGCCGACUUGGAAAACGAGGAUACCUACAUGCAGUGGGUUGGCACCAAUGGUCUUGACAUCAAUAUUGUCACUGUGCGAGAAGUAGGAGAAAAGCGUACUCUUCGUGGUGAGAAGCCCCACGCAGAGUUCAUUAUCCAAACCUACUUUGAAGAUAGUGAAGAUCCCAAUCUUCCCAUCUAUGUUGCCAAACGUCAUGGCCAGUUCCGCCAACUGCACGAUGAUUUGAAGAAGAAGUUCCCCACCAUUGACGUUCCAAAUGUAGCUCCCAAAUCUCGGGACUCAGAGAAAGGAAAGCACGCCCUCAGAGAAAAAGAUCGCUUAUCACUCAGAGCUUUUCUUCAUCGUAUCGCCAUUAACACAAGAUUAGCCGACAGCGACGUCUUCCACGACUUUUUGAGCACUGACCCCAUUACAUUGACUGAAGAAGAACGACAGGAUAUGGAGAACAGAAAGAACAUAGACCGCAUCCGAGCUGAAGAGGAAAAGCGAUUCCGACAAGAGGUCGAUAAGCAAGUCGAACAGCUUAAUGAACAACUUGAAACUUUGAAGCAACAAGUCAUUGCACCUGGUGGUCUCAUCAGUCUUUUCAACGAAAUCAAGAAGGCAGACCAAUUGAGAGAUCUACCUGAUUCUCUACAACGUGCGUUUGAGUGGGGAAAGAUCAAUUUUGCGUUUGUCUUGCACACCUACUUUGUGACCUCCGACGCUGCAGCUGAAAAUUUAAUGAAUCUGAAACGCACGCAUGGUCUCAUCCCAUACAAGACGCUCCGAACCGUCCUCAAGAUUUCCAAUCCUAUGGCUAUGGUCAAGGGUGUGCUUGAUUUAUUCAUGGCCCAACCAUUUGGCGGACGCAGCUUGUUUCAACGCAUCAUCAUGGCUAGUCUUAUGGAGGAAGCAAAGGAGGCGCAAAAGAACAUCGAAAACGUGGAAAAGAUCAUCGAUGAUCCUGGUCUCUGCAAGAAGAUCUACAACUCAGUGUACCAAGAGAAUGAGAUUGCUGUUGAAAUUGAAGAAAAUGAUGAACUUUCUCCUAUUAUGAAGACACUUAGUCUGUUACAAAAUGCCGACAUCGAGCCUUCUUUGACGGCUGAACAAAUCACCAAGGUUGCAUUUGCUACACAAAAGAAGAACUCGCAAUCCCGCCGUCUCGUUAAGCGACUGCACCAACUCUAUGUUUUGUAUAUGCGAAAGCGUGAUCAGGAGAUGUUGACUGAACUUGUCUUCCAGGGCAAUACAGGUGAUCUGUUGAAGGAUAUCUUUGCCAUCUUUUACCAGCCUCUUGCCCAGGUGUAUAAGGCUGCCAAUAUCGGAGACUCCAUCAUUGAACUUGCUGCCUUUAUUGACGAUUUGAUCGCUUUUGUUGAACAAAUCGAUGUUGAUGAUGUUAGAAACACUGUACAGCCUUUCAUACAACUCAUUGACAAGCACGAGCAAAACUUCUAUCGCUUCGUCCAUAGUGUCCAUUCCCAAGACACCACUCAUCUUUUCGAUGACCUGUUGUCGUACAUUGACAAGCUGUUCUCCACCAUGUCUACCGGACUGCCCGGCAAGGUCGAUAUGGCUAAGCUGGUUGAAGAAAACCUGAAUGAAGAACAAUACGCACAGCUUAAGGUUGAAAUCAACAAACUGUGUGAUUAUCACUUGCAGCGAAAGAUCAGACACUUGGAACGCACACGUAGAAAGGUGCUGGAAGGCACUGGGCUCAAGGAUGAAUUGGCCGUUGAUGCCGAUGUCAAUAUCAUGGAUCUCGCCAAAGAGAAUAAUGGCCUGGGCAUGAUUCAAGAUAUGGAGGAACUGGAAUUCCUAAGCGACAGUGAGAUGAGUGAAGAUGAGGAAGAGCAAGAACUAUAUAGCAGCGAUGACUCGGCUGAUGAGGAAGAAGAUGAGGCCACUCGUCUGCGCAAAGAGCAACAGAGACAGCAGAAACUCGACGAUGAAAGCGCAGUGCCUCCACCGAAAUUGACUAUUAUCCCUAAUCUCACCCCAGCUUUCAUUCGUUCCGUCGCUACCUUUAUGGCAUAAUACUCUUCUCUCAUCAUCUCCAUUAUGCACAAUAUAAUACCCUCUAUCAAUUCAAUUCAAUUCCAUCAAAUCAAUUUCAAGCGUAUAAAUAUAUAUUUUGUAACAAAAAAAAAUUAUAUUCAAUCAGACAGCCUACUGCGGCCAUGGAGACAUGUGUCAGAUAUUUGCUAUGUACAUAAGCGAGUUGCGAAAGGGAUGGGGAAGGAACUAGAGAUAUGCAAUAUACUAAAGAGAAUAAGUAGGAUAGGGGCGUGGGAGAUUAAGCUACGAGAAAGGUACGACAGCCCAUCGUUAAGAACGUAAUAUGAAUGGAAAAAACUAU